UGGUUUUGAGAAGGAUACGACGAGAGAGAACACGAGGAGGAUACGAUUGAGAUCUUCCCAUUUUUUUUUUCUUCCAAAAAGCCGCAGAGGCCACUAUGGAAAGACUGUAUAGUGUGGCAUACCACCCGCUCUUACUUCAAGCACAGUUCAGCGGCGGCUGUGCGUGUUGCAGCACCUCCUGGAAGAUCCCCUAUUGGCUCUUUCUUGGGGAAUGCGCUUGUUUUGACAACUCAUUUGAUUGUUGGAUGUGGUUUGAGAGGACGCCACGGACUGCAGGUUAAACCGUAGAAUUCGUAACAGUUUCUACAUUUUGCAACAUAUGCAAAUCGGAUUAAUCUUGGUAGGCUAAACAUAGGAAUUGAGUUUAUAAACGCGCGUUCCUUUAAAAAAAAGGGGGGGGAAUUGACUGGAUUGAAAUGACCAUGUCCGAGGAGAAGAAUUCGGGGUGUCGGGGGAAAGAGGAAGAGAGCGAGGAUGAGAGUGAAAUCUUGGAAGAAAGCCCUUGCGGUCGCUGGCAGAAGCGAAAGGAACAGGUGAGUCAGGGGAAUGUCCCUGGCAUCGAGACUGCCUCACUGGCCAUGGACACAGAGGAGGGGGUGGAGGUGGUGUGGAACGAAGUGCAGUUCUCUGAUAAGAAGGUCUUCAAAUCUCACGAGGAUCGAAUGAGGGAGAUGUUUGAGAGCCUGAUGCACGUAGAUCACCCCAACAUUGUCAAGUUCCAUAAGUACUGGCUGGACACCAGGGAGAGUCGGGCGAGGGUGAUCUUCAUCACAGAGUACAUGUCAUCAGGCAGUCUCAAGCAGUUCUUAAAGAAAACAAAGAAAAACCACAAGACCAUGAAUGUCAAGGCUUGGAAGCGAUGGUGCACUCAGAUUCUGUCAGCUCUGAGUUAUCUGCAUUCCUGCCACCCGCCCAUAGUCCAUGGCAACUUGACGUGUGACACCAUCUUUAUCCAGCACAACGGACUCAUCAAGAUCGGCUCGGUGUGGCAUAGGCUGUUUGUCAAUGUUUUCCCAGAGGCGAUCUACGGAAAUGUGCAGCAUCAUCGGGAUGAUGAAACGAACCAGCACUAUUUUGCUCCUGAAUACGGCUUGGCUGAGGAUGUUUGCUCUAUUGACAUCUUCGCCUUUGGCAUAUGUACCCUGGAGAUGGCAGUGUUGGAGAUCCAGGCCAACGGGGACACUGUGGUAUCCAAAGAGGCUAUAACCAACACCGCCCAGUCUUUAGAGGACCCGCUCAUAAAGGAGUUCACCCAGUCAUGUGUACGCAUGGACGCCAAAAAGAGACCCACGGCCCAUGACCUGCUGUUUCACAGGGUUCUGUUUGAGGUGCACUCUCUUAAGCUGCUGGCUGCCCACUGCUUUAUCAACUAUCAGUAUCAGCUUCAUGAUAACUGCCUUGAAGAGAAGACCAGGACUUUCGACCCCAGUGGUGUGAUGGCUGAGAUCAAGCAUGGGGACCGGCCCGGGGUGGAGAUCAAGUACUCGAAUGUUUCGCCGCUAGAACUGGACAAAUUUCUGGAGGACGUAAAGAAUGGGAUCUAUCCCUUGAUGAACUUCCAGCGGGGCCUCACCAUGCCCCGGACCUUGUCCAUCUUCCAGGAGCGCAUGGAGACAGUGAAGACUCCCAGCCCAGAGCCCCAGGAGAUGGAGACCAGAAAGGUUGUCCAAAUGCAUUGUAACUUGGAGUUCACUGAGGAAGGCACCAGAAGUCAUCUCUCUCUCCUCCUGAAGAUGGACGACAAGCUCCAACGGCAGCUAAACUGUGACAUUCUGCCUACUGACAGCUCCAAAGACCUGGCUAGUGAGCUGGUUCACUUCGCCUUCAUCAGUGAGGAGGACUGUGAGAAGCUGGCAGGCUUUCUGGAAGACGCCCUGUGUAAGCAUUGGGCCAGGCCGCCAUUGGAGGAGUCUUCCCUGGCAUAGUGAUGACGUACCGACACAUGCUGCUGCCCCAAGGGGGACCUGGACCCUGGGAAAACUACAACAAGGGAGGGAAAGAAAGAGAAUUUAAAGAAAGGGGGAGGGGGGGAUUAGUCGGGGAACUUUAAGAGUGAACAUUCCAGGACUAGGAAGUGCCAGUUUUUUUUUUUGUGAGGCUUGUAAGGGAAGAGAGCCAAGUCAGCACUUCAGUCUGUGUGGCAAAUGUAAGCAUCAAGAAACGCUGUCUCAAAACAGAAGUGAGAAGCGAUCUCUCUUUCUACUAAACAGAAGUGCCAACCAACUCAAGCCAGAGAAGACUAUGCUAGGAGAGCUACUAUAUUUGGCCACUUCAAUGCCUCCUUCUCUCUGCACAGAUGAUGUCAUUGGCCUUGUUUAGAAGUAUAGCAAGAGACAGUGGACAAAGUAAGCAAUAUGAGGAACAUAAAAGUCUUCAACAUUUACUGCUGCAUUGAGGACUUUUUGUCCAUAAUAACCUAUUGGGCUCCAUUUUACACACGCAGCGCAGCCUUGGCAAUGACCCCAUAAAGAAAACUAAUAUAAAACUCUCACUAUCAUGCAAGGUGAAGGUACAGACACAUUGAGAUUUUGUGUCCCAAGAUUCCCGGAUUGAGACAAUGGUUUUUCAAUGGUGAGGUCAUCCUCUACUUGAUGAAUGAUUGUCCAACGGAAGAAAAAAAACAGCACAAUAUGUUCGUCUUCUACAUAUGCAACUCAUCCGAAAAAAGUAGGGAUGAGUUAAACUUAUGAUAGACAAAAACGGACAAUGAUGUAGGUCAUAUACAAUUUUAUCCGUGUUCAUGCGUCUCUGUUAGGGUUGAAUAUUUUCCUGGUAUUUUACAAAUAAAUCACUUUUCUUCCGGGUAAAAUCAUUUAUAAAGCAUAUAAAUAUGCCUAUGUCUGGAUUUGAAUAGACCUUUUGAGCGAAAAUUCAAGUCUGAUGCGUCAUACAUUGAAGACAUUUAAUGAGCCCAAGCACCCAAAAAAAAGGAAAAAUGAUUGUGCGGUUAUCCAGUACAUAUAUGAUCUAGGCUACUGCCCAUAGAUGUCGUUAGCUAUAUGCUCUCUUGGGUAAAUAAGUAGGCUAAUAUGUCCUGAGUGUGAACUGUAUUACUGUACUGUAUUAUAUGGACUGGAAUUACACACAUCGAUCAAAUUGUGAUAAAGCGAGGAGAGAACAUGCGAUUCCGGUGCAGCACAUACGUCCUGCAAAGUUACAAGUAUAGGUUAGCGAAAUAGAUUUUAAUUUUUAAGUAUAAUUGGGCUUAUUUGUAUAAUUUAGUAGACUGACUCAUAUAUACCUUUAAAUAAUAUUUCCCCUAAUGUUAUUAGCAUAAUAUUAUAUAUAUUUUUUUGCUUCCUUCCUUCCUCUCAACUGUUAAAUGAAAUACGUUUCGUUGUCAUUUCGAAUGACGAGAAUAAAGGACAUCCUUCAACAAUAUAGGACUAGAAUUAGAUGCAGAUGGCUUUCACUUCUCUUCACAAAGAUAGAAUGAAUGGUCAUGGGUCUGAUUCGCUCUUCUUUCAGUUCUACUGGCUGCUGUAUUUACCAUUCAGCAAACAAGAGCUUCAGUCCCUCUUCAAUUAGUCUACUGGUAUAAGAAAUGCUUAAAAAGUGACCAACAAGCUAUUCUAGUCUAGCUUCUCCUGCAUGGGACUCCCAACAGCUAAGGAUCGUUUUUUAAAGAGGCCAGCGGUACACAGGUGUGUGCGUAUUGCGCAAGAGACAGAGGCUAUAAAUUAGAACCUAAUUAAGCAUAACCCAUCACGAAUUAGCUAAAUAUAAGGCUACUACUGCAUUAAAUGUAUUACCUGAAAGAGGUAGGCUAUGACAUCUAUAUAUAGGCCUAUAUAUCAAUCUAGAACAGGAUUAUCUAUUUUUUGGAUGCAAUUUGAAUGGAGUUAGAGCGAGAAGGACCGUGAGGGCUCGCACAGGUUUUAAAGCGAAAAUAUUCGAGUGAUAGGUUGUUUUUAAAACUGCAGCUGCAAUAAAACAAAAAAUAUCUUUACAAUUUAAAAAAAUGUGAUCCCUAAAGCCAGAUGCAGAAAAUGUAGGCCUACCCAUCACUUUAUAUAUAUAUAUAUCUACUCAUGAUGACAUGAUAGGUCUACAUACAUUGAACUGUGGUCCAUACUGAUGGGCUGUCUGUCCCCACCCUGAGCGUUGAUUCAUCAUGCAGAGGUCAUAGAGAACCCAUAUUUUAGACAUUACGUAUAAUUUAACAGUUCCAUUCACGCCAUGCUGUUCAUAGAAAUAAUUUUACGGUUUCCGGGAAAAGUUUGUGGUUUUGGGCCGUGAAUCUCAGUAACCGGGUUCCCGCCAUUCCCCUAUGCGUGUUGUGACUUUUUUCUUUUGCGAUGUCCUGUGAGAAAGCACAGAUUAUUGAAACAUCAUUGAAGCACAUAAACACUAAAAUGUAUAGCGCAUAAUUCAAUCUCGAUGAUAAUUUCUCAAACGUUACCGAGGCUACGCUGCGUAUGUCACCCGGUAUGUUUCAAUGUUAUACGGCUACAAACAAGAUGCACAAAAUGUAGCAUGCAUGUUGUAUUGCUUUGUUACUUUCCAAUCAUGACCACUUCACCGCAAGUGUUAGUCUUUCAUAGGUCACACUCUAUGACCAUCACCGUUUCUGAGGAGACAAAACUGACAUGGAACAAGGAUGGUUUUUAAAGGUUGUUUUUUUUGUUAACGUCUUUUUAGCAAACUAAAUAAUGUGUUAAAUCUGGUUGUAACAUUAGCAUCUGACCAAAUCACAACCAAAAUCAUACUGUCUUUCCCAUAACAUCUUUACCUUGUCAUGAAAACAUUUUUCUCGGUUUCUCUUGCUUUACCUGGUUGUAAAAAAAAGACCCGUUGGUUGUAAUCUGGUUAUAGGACUUCUUCUCAACCAGAAAACGUCAUAAAGAGACCAUGAGCAAAAUGUCCACUGGAUUGAUGCCAUAAAUCAAACACUACUUCUGCCUUUUACGUGUUUGUGUCCGACCUAACACCUUUGCUCAAUUGCAGGGAAAGUCUGGGUUAACAUACUAAAUGUCAAACAUAUUGAACCUGUGAAAGUAACUCAAGUUUUAAACUGGAGACAAUAGAAUAAUUUGCCAGCAAUCUCUAACACCGUAUGCUAUGUUUCUCUUUCUAAGAAUGAAAACCCUAUCACCUAUCAAGCUGCGAGGAAGACUUAUCUCACAAUUUGAAUACAUACAUUUUUCUGCCUCAUUGAUAUGAUCAUCAUUCGUCCGAUCUUAAGAUUUUGCUCUUUUCAGUGGAAAGUCAUAGGCCUACAAGAGCUUCUGAAAUCAAUUCACUGUUGAGAAAAUGUACAGUUUUUGAACUAUGAAUUGUCAUUUUUCUUAAAUCAUAACUUGCAAUAUGCCUUUCCAUGUUGCUGUGUGUUUUUAGUCUGGAUGAACAAAUGUUAUAUGUAUCCACAUUGGAAUAUUAAUUUUUGGUGUUUUUGCAUUUGCUGAAAGGUCAAUCUUUUUAACUUGGUUUGAUAGGCUACACUAUGGAAAUUUAGUAGCUAAUUAUUUACCUCAGAUUUUAGCUUGUUGACUGUAUGGUUCAUUAUACAUGCAUGACAUACUAUUAAUCAAUUUUAGCUGCAAUCAAGCCUAAGUGCCUCACUAUACACUAGUGCAGCGUUUUCCCAAACGUUGUCCUCCGGACCCCAAGGGGUGCACGUCUUGGUUUUGCCCCCAACACUACACAGCUGACUCAAAUAAUCAAAGCUUGAUGAUUAGUUGAAUCAGCUAGGGGCAAAAAAAAAACUAAGCGCACACUCCUUGUUGUCCCGAGGACCGAGCUUUGGGGAAACCCUGAACUAGUGUUACACAAACCAACUUUUUUAUGCAAUUUUAGUUGCCAUUGAGCUCCCUUACUGGGCUGUAUGGAACAUGCAUGAGCCUCAAUUUCCACUUUGUAAGCAAGCAUUAAUUUAGUACACUUCAUGUCAUGGAUUUGUAAACCAUUGUGAGUUCUGUUCUGCUUUAAAUAUUAUCAGAGACUGCUUAAGUUGUAAUAUCUACUUGAUUAUAAUUAUAUAACCGUCCAGUUUAUCAAACCAAUGUGCUGGCAUGUUGUAUGAUGAAUGUUAACAAACUAAUCUUUGUUACUCCGUUGCCAUAACUGGUAGGUACUGUACCUCCGUUGACCUUUUUUUGGGGUCAAGCAUGUCCUGUCCACACUGUAUACAGGAGUGGAUGUCUGAGUUGCAUUGUACUUGAGCACGCUGCAAUCAAGUCACUCUAACCCUGUUUAUACCUGGUGCUAACAUGCAGCCUUUUUCCUGCUCUUGUCCACAUUCUGAUUCUGCCCCAAUUCUUUUGUGACAAGUGUAGACGAUUAAAAAAAAAAAAGUGUAAACAGACAAGAUCAGGACAAAGGACGCACAUUAACGGGCAGGUGUAAACGGGGCUUGAAGUCGUUCAAAUAAGGUUCUCGACUCAUUUCAAUACAACGCCGAUGGAUUUAAGUCUACAUUCCAUAUUGUAGACAAUGAUAAUUUUCUUGGUAGAAUUUGGAGGGGGGAGGCGGUAUUAUCGAUAAUUGAAAAACAACUGAAAAAGGCCUAACACAUCCUUCUCCUUUGUCUGUUUAGCUAAAUUACAGCUCUCCCUGUAUUGAGGUGCUUCUGCCUUGUUCUGUUUGUACAACUCAUGUAAAAUAUUGUACAAUAAAAGUAUUAAUGAGUAUA